AUGGAUCUUGUAGAGUCAUGUUCCUCUACAGAGGGUGCUAUCCAGGCUGUUCAUUGGUGUGUUUGUCAAGGUGUUGACAAGCUGCACGUGCUCAAAGAACUGAUAAGUAAACAUUUCCGGUUCCGUUCAAAAAUUUCCAAUCACACCAUUUUAUGUACGGAUAUUCUCCUCAAAGUCAUUGAUAUCGGAAACGAGGAACUUCUUGAGAUCAUUCUACCGCACGUGAGUGAUGACUUCCUGUCACAAAAAUGGAGCGGGAAAACUAUCAUUACAAAACUGCUGUGUAUUGCGGUGGAAAAUGGGAAAAGUAAACUAGUACCCUUACUAAGUAGACGUGGUGGUGAAGAAGCAGUUACUAGUUGGUAUCGAGGCAGACCUAUGUUUCAUCUUGCGGUUUUAGCGGGAAAUUUGGAGGUUGCAGAGGAACUGUUGGCUGCUGGAGCUAAUGUCAUGGCAACCGACAGUAGAAAGGAUCCGAUACUGAUCACAGUGAUCAGUGAUUCUAAAGACGAAAGAAAGGAAGAGAAAGUAGCGUGGUUAUUAAGAAAAGGUGCAGACCCAAAGAGGUGUGCGUCCAGUGGGAAAGAACCGAUACACGUGGCGGCAGCCCACUCCGGACCAAUCAUCGUCCAGUUGUUAAACGCCGGAUGUGACGUUAACACUCAGGAUCAUAUUAAAGGGGACACUCCAUUACAUGUCGCAUGUGCUCGUUGUUGUGAAGAUGGCAUUGUAACUCUUGUCCAACAUGGGGCAAAAUUCAAUAUUCUUAACAAUCAUGGUGAAACGCCGCUAGAAAAAUUGCUCAAAUUUGCUCAAAAUUUUCCAAACUUUCAUUCCAAAACGAGAAUUAAUAUUGCUAAAUCUCUAGUCAGGAUCGGAUUUCGAAUCCCAUCAAAAGAAAAGGGCGAAAAAUCAAGUAUGCACAAGUCGGGGCGAGUUGGACGAGACAAAAUUGCAGAUGUUUACAAAUCAGUGAUGGCGAACAUGACAGGAACUGGCAGCCUGCAACACCUCUGUAGGUUAAGGGUCAGGGAUGAGGUGAAAGGUCAAAGUUUCGAGAAAUCGGUAGCUAGUCUUGACGUACCGAAAUUAGUGAAAGAUUACUUAAUGUUCAAGGAUAAUCCAUCGUCUGAACCCACUAUCAAAAGGUUAGUUGAAGAAUAG